UGGGAGCCUUGAACCAGCCUGUGAUUCGCCUUUUAUCUGCUCUCAAGAUUUUAAAAAAAGAUCUCUAGGAUCAGAACACCCUCCCUCCCAAAUGACCAAGUAAAUAUCGGCCAGCAUGCACCACCCGCCGACGUGCAUCGCAACAGUUUGACGGACUGAGAGACACCGCACCUCGAACUUGCGAUCGCAAGAGAAUAUUAAGUCUUGGGACCCAGAAGACAUUUAAAGAGACAUCUCUUCUCACAAAACUAAAAAGAGCAAUAAGUCGACCGAAAGUCCGGGCUGCUUGUAAAGAGCAGCUAUCUAGAGGUACCGAGAGACGGUCUGCACUCUGCAAUGAAAGCCCCUCAGCGGAGCCCUGGCCGGGCAGAGCAGAUGCUUGGAGCCAUGGCAGAUAUCUUGACUUCUUUUGCCCUGCCCAGCCAACAGUGGCUCUCCGACCCGUGUGAGGUGACAGCAGACGUGGGCGAACUUAAGCCCCCCAGCAGUGAAGGUGAACUGGCAGGAGAGAGCAAGAGUGACCCAGGAGAUUCCAAGGCUGAUUGUAGCCCAGCUGAAGCUGCUGCUGCCCCAUACCCUCCGGUGGAUGCUAGCUUCACAAGCGCGACUGGUCUUGCUGACUUCCCCAGGGCGCCUGUGAUGGAAAGUUUAAUCCCAUCUGGUGAAGAGUCGUACUCCGUGACGGGCAGUGAUGGCAGCAUCUCCACCUCCGUGGCCUCCAUCCAGCCUCAGCCGUCCACCAGCUCGGCCCCCAGCUCGCCCAGCUCCAAGCACUCGGUGAGCACGCUGAAGAAGUGGCUGACCAGCCCGGUGCGCAAGUUGAGCAGCAGCAAGGUCAACAGGCGAGUGAAGAAGCUGGAGUGUAAGCCCAAGAAAACGGAGCACAGGAAGAGUAUCGACUUGGGCAUUGUCAACAAAGGCAGCGAAGCUCAAGAUGUGAAGGGAUGGAAGGAUGGGCCAGGUAGCCGCAGAUCAUCCAGAGAUGAACGGAUAACAGAAGUAAUUCCAGAGGCACCUCCAGUUCUUUGCGAAGAGCCGAAGAAAGAGGUAGAAGAACAGGAUACUGCAGUGCAGGCUCCAGUGUCCCACCUCUCCGAUCAGGAUGUGGCGGACACCCAUCCUCCAAAUGGAUUCCCACGCCCAUCAGUCACCUCAGUCAACACUGAGGAGGAAAAGAGGAAUGCCUUAGAAAAGAGUAUGUACGUCCUUCAAGAACUUGUAGAAACAGAAAAAUUAUACGUUGCUGACCUGGGCUUUAUAGUGGAGGGAUAUAUAGCAACAAUGAAUGAAAGAGGAGUGCCCGAAGACAUGAAGGGGAAAGACAAAAUAGUGUUCGGGAACAUUCACCAGAUCUAUGAAUGGCACAAAAACUAUUUCUUAGGCGAGCUGGAGAAAUGCCUAGAGGAACCAGAGCGACUGGCAGUGCUCUUCAUAAAACAUGAAAGACGGUUGCACAUGUACGUGGUUUAUUGCCAGAAUAAACCUAAAUCAGAGCAUAUCGUCUCCGAGUACAUCGACACCUACUUCGAAGAGUUGAAGCAACAGCUAGGCCACAGGCUUCAGUUGAAUGACUUACUUAUCAAACCCGUUCAAAGAAUCAUGAAGUACCAGCUUCUUCUGAAGGAUCUCCUGAAGUAUUCAAAGAAGGCUGAGCUGGACACCACUCAGUUAGAGAAAGCUGUGGAGGUGAUGUGCUUUGUACCCAGGCGCUGCAAUGAUAUGAUGAACGUUGGUCGUUUACAAGGCUUCGAGGGCAAGAUCACCGCUCAGGGAAAACUCCUUCAACAAGACACCUUCCACGUGAUCGAACAGGAUGCUGGCUUCCUCUCCCGCAGCAAGGAGCGGCGAGUUUUCCUCUUCGAGCAGAUCGUGAUCUUUAGUGAGCCACUAGAUAAGAAGAAGGGAUUUUCUCUGCCGGGUUAUCUCUUCAAGAACAGUAUUAAGGUUAGCUGCCUUGGCCUUGAAGAAACUGUGGAUAAUGAUCCUUGUAAAUUUGCCCUGACCUCACGUGGGACAGAUGGGAAUAUGGUGCGCUACGUCCUACAGGUCUCAAAUCCUGAAAUCCGGCAGGCCUGGAUUUCGAAUGUUAGUCAAAUCUUGGAGUCACAGCGGAACUUUUUGAAUGCUCUGCAAUCUCCCAUUGAGUAUCAGCGGAGGGAAAAUAAAUCCAACAGCCUGGGGAGACCACGUGAUACCAGGACAACACUGGCCACCUCAGGCGGCAUGAGGCCCCACUCUUCUGCAUCCAUGGAUAGAAACCAGUUUCCCUCCAUGAAGGCCUACAACACAUCGCUGCCAGCCUUGUUCCUGCCCGCCUGCAGGACAGGCGAUGCUGCCUUGGAUACAGAUCAGCCACAAAGCCAAGAGAAAUACGCCAGGGAUGGGAACUCUGCCAGGAGUGAUGACCCAAGCCACAACUCAGAGAAUAAGCACAGGAGCCAAGACAAGCUGGACGAAAGCAACCUAUAAUAUCGCCGCUUUGUUGUGUUUUGUUUUUGCUUAGAGGAACUUAGGGUUCAGGAGCUUCUACACCAGGGGUUUAGGUAGCAACUAUCAGUUCUCUGUCCAUGAACUAUUUCCCAGCACAAGUCAGUUUUGGUUUGACAAGCGAUGACAGAUUGUAUCAACAGGAUUUGUUUCCACUAUCGACAGUGUUCUCCUGCACACUAGUUAUGUGUGAUAACGGACCCAAAUUCCUAGAAAGUCAAAGGCAUUGUGCUGUCAUGGUUUUCAUUUCAUUCCUGCCUUCUGGGUACAGUUUCUACAUAGGAAUAUCAUAACUCAGUGGUGAAGUGUCUAUUUAACUCUCCCUUUGAUAGGCCAGCCCCGGUAAAGGUAGUUGUUUCAUCAUUGGUGGACAAGGCUUUUCUUCCAAGAUAAGGCCCAUUGAAUGUGUUCUCCAGAUGCCAGUGAGAGAUCCCUGUUCACCAGGAGGGGAGAAUUACAUUAAGCUUCACCCAUGAAGUAGGUCAGUCAAGGUUACUUUCAAGAAGUGUGUGAUCCACUCCAUCGGAAUCACUGAGACACCAAUGUGAUGUUUUCACUGUCCUCCCCAUUCACCUUCCUCACAGUCCUGUGUCCUGCCAGUUAAUACAAGGUCAACUCCUCAUCACCAGAGAGCUGGCAGUGUGAACUCCUGUCACAACUGGAGUCCAAGGCCAAAGCUUCAGAAUAACCGUACCUGCUGUCUCCAGAGGAAUUGUGUCCAGCUUUUAGCACACUGUACAGUGCUUUUGAAUUUUAUCAUUGGUGUUUGAGAAUUGAAUGUAAACCCUGUUGCCCUUAUCCACUAGAGAGGGGGAAAGCAGGAAGGUGACCCCAAGAUUAUCCUUAUCCAAAAUACAAGUCAAAGCAUGGUCAGCCUCCUACAGUGAAGACUAUUGUACACCACUUGGAGAAAUUGCGAUAAAAGUGAAAACGCUGCCAAGGUCUAGGUUAGUUCAAGGUCCAGAUGCAACUGCGACGUUCUGAGGAAGUAGCCAAACCGAACCGUGUCAGGUGACCGGCAGGCAAGGUGGGAAGGGAAAGAGCUGUUGACCCUUCAUGAGGUAUGGCCAAAUUUCCAGUGCCAGUGUUCAGCCAACUUGUCAUAGUUUGCGCCAUGUGAGAAAGAUCAUUGUAAACAUUUCCAAAUUCAUGGUAUCUGCUUUUCAGUUUGAAGCCUUUUAGCUUCUGAAGUUCGGACUAGUGUUCCAGUCUGUGACCUUCAUUGCUACUCUGGUGGUCUGCCUCAGGCCCACUCGAAGUCGGGAGAACAUCCCACGAGCUUCUCCACAACUUCCAAGUUCCUGCACUGCAUCCAAAGGCAUGUGCUUCGAGCUGGGCUCACUCGAAUGGCUCCUUGUCCCAACCAAUCAGGCGUGCAGAGUCUACCGCUCCGCAGCUGCUUUGCGGCAGUCCAUUCGUUCCCACUCCUGGUCAGCACUAGCGCCGUAUCAAGGUGGUAAAUGGAUAAAAAUAAAAACAACCUUGCCUUGGCUGAAGUCAAGAAAGAAAUGAUUCCAGGCUCCCUUGAACACUGCGGUUAAUGUGUAAAUCAUGAAUCAGAAUAUGCUCCAAAGGACACUCUCAAUCUGAGCUGGUAUGAUUACAUCCAUUGUUUGAUGUUAAUCCUUGAGAAUAUGCUUGCUAACAUUCCAGCACUUGAUGAUGCACUCUUCCUGACCUGUUCCCUGCCACUCAGCCUUUUCUCGUUGUUCAGAUCCCGCCACUGGAAUGGGCUUGUUCUAUGAGUAGAAUUAUAAUCAGCCUACCCAGUUAGUGACCUUAUCAAAGGAUUCAGAUGUGGCCAGUUUAUGGUACAUGCAUCCUCUCUGGAAUGUGUAUGUGCUUGAUAUGUGCAAUCUCUUGUUUAAUUUGAGAGUAAGCCUCACAAUUUCCUGAUCUGGUAUGAGAAGUUUGAAUGUUUGGGAGCAUAAGAAUGUGCAAGCUGGGCAGCCUGUCAGAGGGAUUUGAGAUAUGUUUGUAAAUGAAGCCUGUGUUUUGGCAUCAGCAGGGAAUUAAGCGCAUUCUUCUGAAAAUGCUGUUUUGAGCUGGAGUGGCUUUUACACAAUGCCAAGAGGGAUUCCUGACCCAAGUAUUCUUCAUUAACCUGGGACUCAACAGCACUCCACUCCCAACCUAACAUUUACCCGUGGUCAUUUUCCAGUGGGAAUCAUGGAACUCGGGUCAGGACCAAGUUCUGUGAAUAUUUUAUUUUGGCAUUAACAGCCUCUUUUGCCACAUUUUAAUUCCAAACAGCCUAAGGCUUACAGCUAGGGCUUUCACAGGUCAUUGAAAGGUAUUUUUCCAUAAUUAUCUGAAAACAUCCAGAAUUCAGUGUAACUGCUGAACCACGUGGGAAGCUCUUCCAUGUUUUACACACAACAGCAAAAGAAUGAUGCUCAGUUACUAGAGUUUUAAUUGUUAGCACAAAUUGAAGGACUCCAAUCUUUGCAGAGAGACGAUUAAGCUGGAAGGUCAGGCAGCAGCUGUGGAAAAAGAAACAGUUAAUGUCUCAGAUCCAAGCCCCGUCGUCAGUUCUGUUGAGAGCUCUUGGAGCAGAAACAUUAGCUCUGUUUCCCUCUGCAUAGAUCCUGCCCGACCUGAUGAGUGUCCCCAGCACUUUCUGUUCCGGUUUAAGAUUUCCAGCAUCUGCAGUGAUUAUGCUUUUCACCUGCUGAUAAGCAGGUGCCGCGAGAUUGCUUUACUGCGGAUCCCCACUCUCUGACACCUUCCUGACAUUCGGCGAACUGUCCCACGUUGCAAAGUGAAUACAAAGCAUUUCCUCUGCACUCACGCCCCUGUGCUGAAUUUCAGAUGGCGGAUUACAUGACAUUAGUUUGGCCUUCUGCUGUUGAUGGAAGCUCGUGGGCCGGGGAUUGGUAGUGCUACAUUGCAUGGUUCUUCAUUAUCACACAGUCAUCCAGCAUAGAAACAGUACCUUCAUCUUUCGAAUCCAUGCCGUACACUAAAUAAUCACUUACCUAAUACACAAAUCCCCCGGCAUUUCUAUGGACGACCCCUCACCCACACAAUUUCACAAUUAGUUCAUAAACUCACCUGACUUUCAGAUGUGGGAGGAAAUUGGAGCACCCAGGGGAAACCCACAUGGUCACAGGGAGAACGUACAAACUCCACACAGACAGCACUGGAGGGCAGGUUUGAACUUGGGUCUCUGUCAAGUAGUAGCUCCACCCAAAGUGUAUGGUAUUACCCCUAAUCACAUGACAGUUUUACCUUUAAAUAGCAGUUUAAAAAUGUAAGCCGGAGUUUGGCAAAAUAUUUAGAAGUGACAUGGCUUUGGGAAAUAAGGUAUGGGACAAAAUUAAAAAACAAUCUCAUCAUUUUAUGGAAACAGCACUAGUUUGGUAUACUGGGAAGAGAAAGGGACCAUCCAGUUAAAUCAUGUCGGACUCCCAUCCCUUUUCCAACUGGGGAACAGGCCGGAAAUUAGAGCUGAGGUCGAGAUUAGAACAGCUCUGAUUGUAUUUAGUGGCGGUACAGGCUCGAGAGGCCAAAGGGCCUACUCCUGCCCCCUUUCCUUUUGCUCAUUUGACACUCAUUGUCCACAGCCUUUCGGGAGAAAAGAUCUCCACACAUCCACAGCCCUUGAUGUAAAAAAAAUGUGUUUCUUAAUUUUGCCCUUGGUAGUAAUUUUAAGAUUAUCUUUCUAUGGUCUAUAUUUUCCUUCAGAGGAAUAAUUUCUCUGGAAUCUUAUUUCCUACUGAAUCCUUGUAGCAUUUUAGACACCUUGAUUAGAUCUGCACUGAACACAAGAGAAUGUAAGUGAAUUUUGUGUGACCUAUCUUCCUACCUAAACCCGCUCAAGAUUAGGAGAUCCACAGAAUUCUUUUGAUGGUUCUUCUGGUAACACUGAAUCCCAAAGGAAACUUUUCCUUUGAGCUGAAUUAUACCUCUUUUAGGUCACGAUUAGUGUGUCAGACAACAGGCCUCAACUGUGGUGGCUGAUAUUUGGGGUUCUGAUCAAUAUUGACCAGAGCAGUUGGGGUGGGUUUACCAAGGGAAGUUUUGACCUUAGCAGGUGAAAGCGGCAAGGCUGAACAUCAGUCCACUGAGCCUUCAGGGUGGCCAGUGAUUCACCACUCUCCUAGCACAAGAUGGAGGCAUGAGGGACUUCAAAAGGGAAAUAUGAGUUGGGGGAUUAGGUCAAUGGAAUGUAUGGUUCCAGUUACCAAUAUAUCUUGUGUCAGUUUGUCGUUGCAUUUCCACAGAGUUCACUGCUGAGCAUUUUUCUGUGUAUUAUAUUCCUGUACAUGCAUGUUUUAAUAAAAUAUUGUCUUUUAAAGAAAUGUUGAGAUGGAGUACAAUGCUGUUGUAUCAUAUAUCAAAUUAAAACUGAAAAACUUUUAAAAAAUUA